GGGUUAAACUUCAUCCUGGAGGAGAAGAAGCAUCAUCUCUGCGGGAUCGGAUCAUCAAGAAGGAAGGAAGGCCACCUUCCAUGGUCAAACGACUUCGAUUCUGCAGCAAAUUGGCGGGAAUCAUUAGGCGCUAAUCCGGAUUAUUAUUAUUAAUUAUUAAUUAUUUAUUUAUUUUCAUUUUAAUGGCGUACAAAGUGGAUCAAGAGUACGAUUACCUGUUCAAGAUCGUGCUCAUCGGAGAUUCGGGCGUGGGGAAAUCCAACAUUUUGUCGCGAUUCACGCGAAAUGAGUUCUGCUUGGAGUCCAAAUCCACCAUCGGGGUCGAAUUCGCCACCAGGACUCUCCAGGUCGAUGGCAAGACGGUGAAGGCUCAAAUAUGGGAUACGGCCGGGCAGGAGCGGUACCGCGCCAUCACGAGCGCCUACUACCGGGGCGCGGUCGGGGCGUUGCUAGUCUACGACAUAACCAAGAGGCGGACGUUCGACAACGUCCAGCGGUGGCUCCGCGAGCUCCGCGACCACGCCGACUCCAACAUCGUCAUCAUGUUGGCCGGGAACAAGUCCGACCUCAACCACCUGAGGGCGGUCUCGGCCGAGACGGCAGAGGCCAUGGCCGAGAGGGAGAACUUGUCGUUCCUCGAGACGUCGGCGCGGGAGGCGUUCAACAUCGAGAAUGCGUUCCAAAAGGUCCUGCUCGACAUCUACCACAUCAUCAGCAGGAAGGCGUUGGCUGCGGAGGAGGCGGCCUCGAACCCCGGGGUGCUCCCCCACGGCACCACGAUCAACGUUGGGAACUUCUCGGGUAAUUUCGGCAAGAGAGCUUGCUGUUCAAAUUAAGGGUAAAAUUAGGAGCUAAUUGGGAAAGAGAAAUGCUACACGCUACAAAAGAAAAUGUUACAAACAUUCUUUUACUAAAUGAUGUG